AUGGCAGACGAAAAAAAGCUUAUGAGCGACGACGGUCAGUCUGCAGAAGACGAGACGCUUCUUAGUGCGUAUUUAGACUUUAUGAAUACCAAGACCGAGUUAAACAGUAUCGAAAAAUGUAGUUAUAUAAAUGGCCACGGUACAUCGUCAGACGAUGCUGUCGAUGAAUUCGAAAUAUUUAACAGAGCUUUUACAAAAAUCGAAAACGAUGCGAAUAGCAAGCCACUCUAUAAGAGCAUUAGGGCGGAUAUAAAGGAAUUGUCGCCGAUAAAUGUCAACUGUUGGCUAAAUGCAGACAGAGGGCUCACGAAAAAAAUCUAA